AUGCAGCCCGCACUAGCGCCGCAUCCCAGUAUGCAGCAGAGCUCCUCUGCUCAGGAUCAUGCUGACCAGGUUCUCCAUGACCAGCUUUUAGCUGCACAACAACAUCUCCAAUCACAAGGUCAAGAAUCGCGACAACCGACCUCGCAACAGGGCCACAACAUAGAUCCUGCAAUCUCAGGAGGCGCAAUGCUAGCCCCUAACACGCAGACAUCGUCGCUUGUGCUGCCACAGGUCAUGGCCGGCGUACAAGAAGCUGCCGGCAGCGACGCUUCGCGGAAAACAUAUGGCAAACGUGAACUAUCAACGUCGAAACGCGCCGAACAGAAUCGCGCAGCUCAAAGAGCAUUUCGCCAACGAAAAGAAGGCUACAUCCGCCAACUCGAAGCACAAGUAAAAGACUACAAAGUCCUCAGCGAAAGCUACAAAGCCCUUCAAGCCGAAAACUACCAGCUCCGCGAAUACAUCAUCAGCUUGCAGUCGCGUCUGAUCGACUCUCAAAAUGAGGUUCCCGCGCUACCGGACAAUAUCGAUUUGACGCAACCACGGCCUGAGCCGCCGCUCGCGGACUCGCAUCAACACCCGGAGUCGUCGCCGCCGUCUGUGUCGAUAGCGCCGCCGCAACAACAGCAGCCACAAACUCAACAGCAGCAAAGACAGCAGCAGCAACACACAUUAGCGGCAGCACCAACGCAAAUCCCGCCCUUGGCACCGCAUCAACAUCCGCAUCAACCAUCUACCGCGCCAUCAAAUACUACGAAUGAGGAUCUGGGACAAUUGAACCGUAUCGCCGUCGCGGGCCUCGGUAUGCGCAAACACGCGCAUCCGGACACAAUCAACAAUAGCAACCAUAAUAGCAGUCAAAACAGCAAUAAUAGGGAUCACUACAGGCCGGAAGAUUCAUAUCCAUGGAAACGACCACGCGGAAACGACGAUAGGAACUCGGCAGAUGUCAAGAUUGAGACGGUUCAUGGGCUACCUAGUAUUUCUUAA